GAAUGAACAAUCUUAGUUACAAUGGAGCUAGAUUUGGCCAACAGCAUUGCGCGCGAAUGUUUAGCAAAGUUCGAUAGUCUACCGAAGACGGGAAAACCGGACGAAUCGUUCGAAUGGACCAUCCUCGCAGGUGUUGUACUGAUUCGUGGAGAGCGACGCGUAUCCGAAGUGGUUGCCCUCGGUACCGGUACCAAGUGUCUUGGGGCAACCGAGUUGAGCCAGCGAGGCGAUCGUGUUAAUGAUAGCCACGCGGAAGUGCUAGCCCGCCGUGCCUUUCUUCGUUAUCUGUACGAGCAGAUCGAGCUAGCUGGUAACGGACAGAAGAAGACAAUUUUCGAGCGAUCGGGUGAGGGAAAGUUUAUGCUGAAAGAUGGCCAUUCGUUUCACUUCUUCACUACCCAUAGCCCGUGUGGGGACGCAAGCAUAUUCGAGAAGAUGGAAAAGGUGGCUCCGGAUGUUCGUGAUAACGGAGAACCACCGAUUAAGCGGUCCCGAGAAACGCUGACAGUGAAAGAAGAACCAGCCGGUAGCAUUGUGGUUUGUGCAUCAAUUGGACAACCGCCCGGUAUGACUGGUGGCAAGCUGCUGUUACCAUCGCCGGAUGAUGGAGACGAUCUGAUGAUACAAAGGAUCGGCGCGGUAAGAACCAAACCCGGUCGAGGGGUAAGGACGCUAUCAGUUUCCUGCAGUGACAAGAUGGCACGAUGGGCCGUAGUUGGUGUUCAGGGUGCCCUUUUAAUGUUGCUCCUGGAGAAACCUAUUUACUUCGAGACCUUGGUGCUGUGCGAAGGUACGCAUCAUUCCAUCGAAGCAUUAAGGAGAGCGAUCUGGGGUCGCAUGGAGCCGGCAAUGGAGACAUUAAAGGAGCAAAGCGGAUGCCGUUCUUUCCCUGGCCACUGUCCGGAUAUUGUGGCUGCACAAAAUGGUUUAACGUUUCGGUUUCGUAAAAACCGUCUUCAUCCCCAAAACGACAACGGGAAAUAUCAACCCGCGCCCUGUGGCAUCGUGUGGUGUAACGUUUCGGAAAGGCCACACGAGGUGGAAAAUUCUGGAAGGCGUCAUGGAGUGACGAAGCGCAAACUAACCACACCGGCGGCUCGUUUACGAAUUUCCAAAAUUGAAUUAUUUGCCUGCUUCCGGCGGACGUACGAACGCCAAACGAUAGCCAUGGGCGAUGGACGGUGCUCCAUUCCACCGAACCAACGGACGGACGGAGGUGGUGAAGAUUUGAAUAAUUUAGUUUCAUCUCAACGGGAGCAGCAUAAUCGCGCCAUUGCGGAUCACGAUCGGGCCACCAUCGCCGCAGGGGAAAGUGCAGCUGUCUGGGAAUGCACCAGUCAGCAACAUGGCAGACAGCUUGUGUCGGAUAUUGCGAAACUUUGCUACUCGGCUGCUAAGGCGCUUUCGGCGGAUUAUCGGCUACGGUGGACAAGCGUGCGGGAUGCCGCAUUUGGUGGUUGGACCGAGAAGCCAACCAGCUUCGAACAGUUUCUCAUCGAUGGUUGUGAAGCGAGGCCCUAGCGGCCCUAUCCCGACUGUUGGCUUGUUACGUCUGUCUUAUUAAACUUUAUUUUGGUGUUUUUGUUUUCUCCGUAAAUUUAAUAAAUAAUCGCACAUGGAAGCAAAUGC